AAAUUUGUAAAUCUAAAUUCAUUACAUUUACUUUUUCCACCCUAUUUGGUACAUCCUUUUGGAAUUGUAAUGAAUUUGUCAAACACAUUUUUCCCUUUUCCAGGGCCAUGCUUGACUGUUACUGAUUGUUAUGAUUUUUGAAGUCUCCUGGUACUACCUGGUUUAUACUGGCCUCUCAUACUUUUCCAGUGACAGAUGUUGACUAACUGGUCUGUCAUUUGGCACGCUCUGCCUCCUUUCUUGAAUGGAGCUGUUGCAUUUUCAGGAUCAAAAAAUAGCAACUAGACAUGAAAUUCUGGUAGAUUCUUAAUCUCCCUAACUCAGACACAAAUCUUAAAUAACAGCUGUAAAAUGUUGAAAAUUAGAAUGAAGGUAUGUUUUAUAUUUAAUCAUUUAAUAUAAAAGCAGGGGGUUAGUGAACACAAGAUGAUAUUUGUACCACAGGGAAAUAUUGUGUACAUUUUUAAUCACCCCAUUUUAGAAGAUAUGGACAGCCUAAAUUUGCUGAGAUAAUAUCAGUGAUGAGAACAGUCAUAAUGAAAUAUGUGAACUAGACAUUGAUUGCAGUAGAGAAUGUCAAUACAAUGUAGAUUCCUACAGAAAUAUUCAAAUAUUGAAGUUAAUUAAUAGUAAAGGUUAUUUUUACUAGGAGUGGAAGAGGAGAAAAUUUGAAUAUAGUACUAGAGGAAACUUGGAGGAAAAAAAAUUGAUUCAAAAGAUGAGUAAAAUAUGGAUGCAGAACCACAAGUGAUUUUUGAAACCAAUACAAUCAAAGCAUUUAAGGAAGGAUUAGAGGAAUCUUGCUUAUUGUGUGCCAAAACAUUCAUGAAAGUUGAUUUGACAAGAAUGACCAUUAUAUAGCUGAGACUUUGAAUAUCCACAACAUGUAUAGAUCCAACAUUUCCUGACAAAAAACGUCACCAGCAAGAAAGUCCAGCCACCAUCAAACAAAAUACAUACCACAGGUCAAACAAAGCGAGGUGAAGGUGCAUUGUUGAGAGAAUAAGGCUACAGAGCUUUAUGACCUGCCUUUCAACCUGGAGGCUCUCCAAAAAUGAUAGUACAAACCUAUCUCAUAGGAACUGAUCACUAUCUCCUAAUAAACAGACAUGAGACUCUCUCAAUGGGCAGACCAUUUUAACCAUAUCCUGAAUCAUGAAUUCACACAUAUGAUUGAAUGACUGCCAAAGCAUCGCAUUCUGAACCAACUUGUCAAACAUGUAUUUCAAGCUGAAGUCAUCAAUGCUAUAAACCGACUGUGGGUAUGUCUUUGGGAGCCAAUGGAAUCCCUCUUAAAGUAUUCAAGUUGAUUAGGAAUCUCACUAGCCUCUUGUGCUUAAUUUGGAUCCAGGACAUUAUUCAAAGAAUAAAAAGUAAUGUAUGUAACUCAAGAAUAAAUGGAAAAGAAUUUUUAAAAAAUGCAGAUUUGCUAUAAGAACUAGGUAAUAAUAUUUUAGUAAACACCUCAGAUCUGUUUACAAAAUCGAUUUAAAGGUUAAUUUUAUUCCCAAUCCAUCAUUGCUUAUCUGCAACUGUUUCUCUAAGUUUAUGCCCUGCAUUUUUCUUUCAUAAAGGAAGCAACUGAAUGAACUUGAAAUACUAAGAUGGCAGAAUGUCGCUGAUAUCUUCAUAAUUGAUACAAAAAUAUUUCUGAAGCACGUCAAAAGAGAAAUCUAUUUUUGCUAAAUAGAUAAGUGACUGCAUACAAACACAGCAACCUUGGAAACUCAGGACAAAUGACCAUGGAAUCAGUAGUUGAAUCUCACCAAGAUGGCAGUGUAACAGAUUCCGCCACAGAUAGUGAAUCUAUCCAAUUACAAGCUCAGAAUUCCCAGACUCAAAUCCCUACCAUUGCGCAGGUAUCUGUAGCUGGUACUCAAGUUGCUUCAGGGUCUCCAGCUGUUACUGUUGUACAAUUGCCUUCUGGUCAGACUGUGCAGGUCCAGGGAGUAAUCCAAACCGCACAACCCUCUGUCAUACAAUCACCACAGAUACAGACUGUACAGGUAGCUACUAUCGCAGAAACAGAUGAGUCUGGUGAUUCUGCCGAGGUUGUGACUGACUCUCAAAAACGGAGAGAAAUUCUAUCCAGGCGACCUUCCUACAGAAAAAUCCUAAAUGAAUUAUCUUCUGAUGCACCUGGUGUUCCAAAGAUUGAUGAAGAAAAAUCAGAGGAAGAGGGAGCGACAGCUGCUAUCACUACAAUGGCAGUACCAACGUCUAUCUAUCAGACGAGCACUGGCCAAUACAUUGCCAUUGCUCAAGGUGGAACUAUCCAGAUUGCAAAUCCAGGAGCUGAUGGUGUACAGGGACUGCAGACACUUACAAUGACAAAUGCUGGAACGCCUCAGCCCGGGGCAACCAUUGUCCAAUAUGCUGCACAGUCAAGUGAUGGGACACAACAGUUUUUUGUUCCAGGCAGUCAAGUCGUCGUUCAAGCUGCCACUGGAGAUAUGCCAACUUACCAAAUCCGAACCCCAACUACCACUUUACCUCAAGGAGUGGUAAUGGCAACCUCACCAGGGACAUUGCAUAGUCCACAACAGUUGGCAGAAGAAGCUACACGUAAACGGGAGCUCAGGCUAAUGAAAAACAGGGAGGCUGCCAAAGAAUGUCGACGUCGAAAAAAGGAAUAUGUAAAGUGUCUGGAAAGUCGUGUUGCAGUGCUGGAAACCCAAAACAAGCAGCUAAUCGAGGAACUCAAAACUUUGAAAGAACUUUAUUGUGAUAAAUCAGAGUAGUAUUUGUGAUCUGAGUUCUGACCAAUUUGAUGUCUACAGCAUCUUUCUUUGAAGAUGAAGCUUCUGCAGCUUCAGACUGCUUUUUAUUUUUUUGCUUUGCAAAACUACGUAGACAACAUCAGAAACUUUAACCUGUAACAUUUCUCAGAAGUUAUUCACAGUAAUAUAUUUUGUUAAGUGUUUGUUGUAUAACGAAAAUUGUGAAAAAAUGAACAAAAAAAACUUUUGUAAAAACAAUUAGUUAAAUGUGUAUAUACAUAUAAUGUGCCUGUUACAAUGUACUGCAGUACUUGCUGAAGUUGUUCUAUUUGUUAAACAUUUGCAUUUAAGAUUUAUGUGUUGUGCAUUAUAUGCUGUCCCGAAGAAUACAAUGUAAUAUUUUUAUAGGUGUUUAUUGUUCUUUUAGUGCCCUAUUAUAUAAAUACAAAUUUAAAAAGCUAUGCAGGGUAAUUGAAUAAAAUAAUUCAGAAGAAAUUUGCCCUAUAUAAGAAAAAGCUACCUUUAAAAAGGAGUGGUAGGGGGGAUUAGAAAAGAAAAAAAUGUGUCAUUGGCUAAUUAUAUGUAAAGAGAGUGUUAUAUUCAGUAGCUUGCAAAUUGGAAUUUCUAGUUAAUUUCUGACUUUCAUUUAUAUAUGUUAUUUUGUAAAAUGUAGCUGUACUGCUCUCAGUCCAUGCUUAUGUAGUUCAAGGAUUGGAAA